GAGCGCCGCCUGCUUCUGUUCACAUUACAGACACAUUUAGAUCCAGUUUGUGAGCAGAGGACACCUCCAAGUCCGGAACGAGUCUCAGGAAUCAUCACAGUUAUCUGCUUCUGAGGUUUUCAAUCGAUGCUCUGAGGUUUUUUAUUUUUAUUUUACUGUGGGCUUUCACUGCCCAAGAGACUCGAAAAGAUUAUUUAAUCACCUGCUUUCCGGUAUUCAUCAUGUUCCUGUAGACACUUGAAUCUGGGGUCUGCCACCAUGCGGAAGCGUCUUGACAGAAUCCGGUUCCGGGGCCAGAGACGGGACGAGUUCCUUGACACUACCGAGUCGCCUAACACUUCUGAUACAGAGUGCAAUGACGACCUAAUAAAACCCCGCAUCUCUCUGCGAGAAGCUGAAGAACUACGGGAACCUGAGGGAGAGCAACAGAUAGACAUCCAGGCUGGUUCUGGUUCGUUUCCUGCUGGUCUCCAAGAUGAACCAAAGACUGAUUUAAAUGAGGUCAAAGGUCUCCUAGAAAUCGCCUUGUUAGAAAAACACUUCUUACAGGAAGAGUUGCGGAAGCUGAGGGAUGAGUCCCACAUAGAUUCACUUAAACAGGAACUGGAGAAGGAGCGAUGCAGGCGAAUUGAGUUGGAACAGAAGGUCAAUGAUGCCAUAAAAUCAGGACUUGAGGAUUCACCUUCUCAAACCUCCAAACCUCCAUCUCCUCAACCUUCUGUAAGCAGCAGCACAGACAAACAGAAAGAAACCCUAUCCAACACUUUCCUGAGAUGGUUUUACGAUCGAUUUGGAUGUUAUAUCGAAGACUUCCGCUUCCAACCAGAAGAGAUAACUGUUGAGCCAGAUGAGCCACUUAGUGGCAGGAGGCUGACUGAAAACAUGAGACGUCUUAAACGAGGUUUCAGACCCGUGACUAACUUCAUGAGGAAUCUGUCUGCUUUAUCCAGCUGGUAUUCUGUGUAUACCUCUGCCAUUGCCUUCAUUGUGUACAUGUAUGCAGCAUGGCAUGGCUGGGCCAUCCCCAUGUUUCUGUUCCUCGCAAUAGUCCGUCUUUCAUUGAAUUAUCUGAUUUCCAGAGGCUGGAGGAUCCAGUGGAGCAUUGUACCUGAAGUGUUUGAGCCAUUGGAACCUUCAAAAGAAGACUUGACUGUAUCUGAAAAGUUCCAGCUUGUUCUGGAUGUUGCCCAAAAAGCUCAGAAUAUUUUUGGAAAGAUGGCCAACAUUCUUGAGAAGAUAAAGAAUCUGUUCAUGUGGGUCCAGCCAGAGUUGACUCAGAAGCUCUACGUGGGAUUGUGGGUGGCCUUCAUCUCCUCAUGCCUGUUGCCUUACCAGCUGCUGGGUUUCCUCAUAGGAAUUUAUGCAGGAAUCAAGUUUUUCAUCAUUGACUUCAUUUUUAAAAGUUGCCCCAAGCUGCGCCAGCGCUUUGACACACCCUUCAUCAUCUGGACCAACCUUCCCACCGACCUGCAGCUGAAGGAGCGCAGCAACACCACAAUGAGCAGGCGGGUUACCUCAGCGGGGGGUCGCAAUACCGUCUCUACUUCUGCUCCUCUAGGCAGCAGCCGAGAAGAUGAUGGGGGGCGAUACUACAGCACAAAAAGAGGAGCUUUUCAUGAGGUCUUCAGCCUUCCAGAGAGUGAGCGCCCUCUUCCAGUGUGUGAGAAUGGCUGGCGCUGCUGCCUGAUCAAUAGAGACAGGAAGACACCAACAGAUUACAUCCGUAAUGGGGUGCUUUAUGUCACAGAGAACUACCUCUGUUUCGAGAGCUCCAGCUCCAGGUCUGGGUCCACAAAAAGGAACAAAGUCAUCAAACUGACUGAAAUCACUGAAAUUCUGAAGUACAAGGUUUUGUCAGUGUUGCCCGGUUCAGGGAUGGGUAUCUCCAUAGCAACACCUUCAACCCAAAAGUCUUUUUAUGGAUGAAGAGUUGUUAGAGAAACAGGAUUGGAGCAGAAUCCCAGCAAGUGAGUUGAACUUUUGCAAUAUUUGUGAAUUCACAAACUUGAGAAUAUAUAUGCAGCCAGAAGCGAACAAAUGCAAUAACCCUUAUACAGAAAUUAUUUCUGAUUAUAAUGUGCGUGAUGUCAUCACGUCAAUCAGAAGCUGAAGACUGAAGCAAAAAACACACAUGGCUGUUCCGGUUUUAGCUGGAAUACCAUCUGUUUAUUUUGGGAAAAUUAGCAUAUAGUUGCAAUUUUUGCCAUUUUGGAUGGAAAAGAUAUUUGUGCCUUUAUCCUGACUGGAUUUGGAAGAAGUCGAUUUAUCAGUCAACCCCUCUAGUUGUUAAAUAAAUCAAGAAUGUUAUAAAUUGGCUUAAAUCUUGACAUGGGAAGCAUGUGCCGUUUGAUUUUCCCUAUCAGCUCGAACAAUUGCACUGAAUGUCUCUCCCAUUUGCAAACACUUUGCACAGUCUUACCAGGUUGAUACCGUGUAGAAUUCAAUUUGAACAAGGAUCAAUAUGGCUUAUGCCUGGUUAGUAUUGGAGCCGAAAUAAGAGAUUCUGUGCAAGUAGGCAUUGAGAGAAAAAAACUCAGUUGCUGUCCCGAUUCCUGAGGAGGCAAAAAGUAUUUGCCUCCACUUGUAUGUUGAAGUGACCCUGAUCUGAGUGGGUGCCUUAAGGACAUUGGAUAUUAUGGGCAGCACAAGCUUAAGGGUGAAUUCGCUUCUAGACAUGACAAUGGGAGCAAAAAUUAGUUGUGUAUUUUCAUUUUGAAUUAAUAAAGUACUUUUGAAUUACAUUAAAACUGAGGUGUUUAACAAAUGUCUUAAGGUGCAUUCAGACCGAGCACGGUGUCUGUGCCAAGAGGGAUGUAUCUACAUAAUAUCUCUUUGCAAACUGCGUGGUGAAGGGCGGGGAGGAGGCCAGCGAAAAUCCUAUGUGCUGAGGGCGUUCACUAAUAGCUGUUUGUUUGCUUGAUGAGGUGAACCAACAGAAGUCUCUUCAGGACAUUCAUGAUGUGGGAUGUCAGGGCAAAAGGUCUAUAGUCAUUGAGGACUGUUGGCUGAGUCUUCUUUGGUACUGGAACAAGGCAGGAGGUCUUCCACAAAACUGGAACUUCUCCUUCAGACAUUGGCUGAUUUAUACUUCAAAACUAGGUCGUCUGCGUAGGUGUCACAGUGAACAAAAAGACGUUCCCGCCCCCUCCGCAGACACUCUGGUGCACCUCUCCCAAAUUGUAGGUGACCGAAGACAGGAGGCCGACUUGUUUUGUUUUUAUGACCACAGUUGCGGAAAACAACUCGUGAAGUUUAACCAGCUAGAAGAUCGAGGUACGCAAGAAUGCUGGGACCCUUUUUUCACCUGGAUCCCCGCUUUUUUUUCGCCGUCAUGCUCCUCUGUUGUAGGACAAACUUGCCCCAACUUCCUCACCGCCUCGACCUUGUGAAGAGGUGCUUAGAAUCCCACAGAGCUGCUUUCCAUAGGCCUUAAGGACUCUUGGGCUGACACCUUCAGGACCUUGUGACAUAUUGUGAUUCAUUCUCUCCAUUGUUUGUUAAGACAGAGAGGUGAAAGGCAGAGGGAGCAGCGCCAAUUUCUGAUUUGGCUGACAGCAAAAUCAUAGAAACCGGAGAGUCAAUGGCAGAAGAAGACAGGACAUAGGCAAAAAAGAGGGAUGCUGAGAUUGUUCCUGAAUUUAACGUAUUGAAGAAUGUCUUCAGUUCAUUGAGUCAUUGGAGAGGAGCUUUAAAGCUGGAGAGCUGCUUACUUUUUGGAAUUUUAACACAAUGUCCAAACAAAACUGGUGGCUCUAUUGAUAUGCAUAUCCAUGGCUUCCUGGAGAAAGUUGUGGGUAAAAUAUAUAAGACUUUUUAACAGAUUUUUCUGAAAACCAAAAUGAAUCUCCUCUUGUCACUCAGCUCAGCCACUGGUUUGUUUGAGUGAAAUACCCUCCUUGCUGUGUUCUAAGAUCGCUCCUGAUCAACAUCCUGAUACUCUACAGUGCUUGUAAAAAAAAAAAAGAAAAAAAAAAGAAAAAACUUCUGCUUUUAUAAACUUAUGUUCUUCUGACAACAUUACACGACCUAAAUAAUCAUGACAAAUUAAGUCCUAUCCCACCAUUAGAAAUAAAUAAAAAGGAAAGGCACUCUGAUUUCUACCAGAAUAGGAAUAGAAGGUUUAAUUUAGAUGAAGCAGACACCAAAGCAAAUACCUUUUGAGACUCUACCAGUGUGGAUAAGUUUGAAGCGCUAACUGCAUAUCCGGCUACAAACACAUCUGCGCUGAGAGAGACAGCAUCGGUGGACUUCAGAGCUGCCGUUGUGUUUCAGAAUCCAUGUUUCAUAAGUUAUUUUUGUUCCUUUCUUGUCAGUCCACAUGAAGCAUUUUUUUUCCCCUUCUGUGUUCAUGUUUUACACACUGCGUCUUCCACCCGUUUACCCUCUUUACUCCUGUAGCGAUGUUAUGGAAACCUCAAUAGCAGGGUGGAGGCGGCAUGGCUAGUUUGAGGACAAACAACUCAACAUAACAGUUGCAGUUGUUUAAUGACUUGGGUUAGUUCAAAAGCAGACUGUUUUUUGGUCUUUGUUUAGGUCCUUGCAGGAAAUUCAGAGCCCAGGUUGUAGAUCCAAUCUUUACAUAACAUUGCAGAACAUGGAGGUAAAUAGUAACACCUCAUUUGAAUAGGUCACAUAAAAAUAUAAAUAAAAUAAAUAAUAAAAAAAAU